UUUGUUCCUGUCGGUCAAUACGCACGAACAAUUUUAAAUUGUGUGUUUAUUUUUCGCAAGGGUAUGGAGCCGUGUGUUUUGUAUUGCUAACCAUUGGCCGUAACGUCGACGUUCAUGUCCCAGCAUCAUAUUGUGGAUUUGAUUUCCACGUGUUGGAAAGACAGCGACAGGGUGUUUUUUGGUGACGUGUGGCCUUCUGAGACUACAUGUCUCUCUCAUUCACAAUCCCUUGUUCGUACACGUACUUCUCCAGUUCGCUUUUGAAAACUGACAUCGAUUCCGUUUCCACUACACUUGCAACUGAUCCCGACUCCUCUUCGACUUCUGAUGUUACAUCCACGUUCUAGACACCUGCUCCAUUGAUGAUUUGAUCCCCAGCACUCAGCAUGGAAAGGCCGAGCAUGCUGACCCAGACCUCGGUGCUGCCGUUCUUUGACCCCAGUCACGCCCUCAACAUCCUGCAAGGCAUCAACGACCUGCGAGUGGAGCGCAAGUUCUUCGACAUGACGCUGUGGGUGGACGGGCAGGAGUUCCCCUGCCACCGCACCGUGCUGGCCGCCGCCAGCCACUACUUCAAGGCCAUGUUUGCCGGCUGGCUGAAGGAGAGCUACGCCGAGCGGGUGGAGCUGCACGGGGUGAAGGCCGACACCCUGGGCCUGCUGCUCGACUUCUCCUACACCGGCAGGGUGACCGUCACCCAGGGCAACGUGGAGCCCCUGGCCCGCGCCGCCGACCUCUUCCAGUUUCACUCGGUGAAGGAGGCGUGUUGUGCUUACCUGGAGCACCAGCUGGACGUGAAUAACUGCCUGGAGAUCCAGGAGUUUGCCGAGGCCUACGCCUGCAGGAGCCUGGCCGAGAGCGCCAAAGGCUUCAUCCUGCGCCACAUCAUCGAGCUGUCUGAGGAGAAGGAGUUUGAGGCCUUGCCCCAGCGCCGGCUGCUCGAGUACCUGUCUGACGACAGGCUGCAUGUGGACAAGGAGGAGGCCGCCUACCAGCUGGCUCUGCGCUGGGUCAAAGCCGACCCCAAGCGCCGGCUGCGCUUCUGGCCCGAGCUCUUCGAGCAUGUGCGCCUGCCCUUCAUCCGCCGCUUCUACCUGCUGGCCUACGUGGAGAGCGACCCGCUGGUCUACUACUCCCCCUUCUGCCUCAAGCUCAUCCACCAGGCCCGGGCCUUCCAGUCGUCCGCUUAUGACCGGCACGACUACCCUUGCGAGAGGAUGAGGGCUCGGCCCUCCACCGGCCUGGCCGAGAUCCUGGUGGUGGUGGGCGGCUGCGACAAGGACUGCGACGAGCUGGCGACGGUCGACUGUUUCAACCCACAGACCGGCCAGUGGAGAUACCUCGCCGAGUUCCCCGACAACCUGGCCGGCGGCUACAGCAUCACCGCCUUUGGCAAUGACAUCUACGUAACCGGUGGUUCUGAUGGGACGUCAUUGUACGACUCUGUAUGGCGGUACAAUUCGAGCGUGAAUGAGUGGACGGAGGUUUCGCCCAUGCUGCAAGCUCAUGAAUACCACAGUUCCGUCGUGCUCAAGGGACACAUUUACAUCCUCGCCCCCAAUAGCUUGGAGCGCUACGACCACUCCGUGGAUAGCUGGGAGGCCCUGCAGCCAAUGCCGUACCCCAUGGACAACUGCUCGAGCACGGCCUGUCGGGGCAAGUUGUACACCAUCGGAACCCUUGCUGGCAAGGAAUCAAUGGCCAUUCAGUGCUACGACCCUGACGCUAACUUGUGGACUAUGGUGAUGUGUGGCUCGUUACCUCCAUGGGCAUUCGUGCCAAAGACGGUGACCCUGAAUGGAUUGAUAUACUUUGUACAGGAUGAUUCUUCAGAGGUUGACGUGUAUAACCCAACUAAGAAUGAAUGGGGCAAGAUCCCACCCAUGAAUCAGGUCCACGUUGGGGGAAGUGUGGCUGCCCUGGGGGGAAAGCUGGUUGUCUCCGGAGGCUAUGACAACACCUUUGAACUAUCUGGUGUCAUAGAGGCCUUUAACUUUCAGACUGGCUCCUGGAGUAUUGUUGGUCAUCUCCCUCAACCCACCUUCUGGCACGGAUCUGUCAGCAUCUUCCGGCAGUUCAUGCCCACUGCCCGGGUCACCUUCGAAAGCUCGACCAAUGACAACCACAACAAUGAAAUAAACCGUCUAAAUCUGGCCCGGUAUCGGAGGCAGCUUCAUAAUGAGAACCUCCGCCUUUUGCACUGAGCAGGUUGGGAUGAUGGCUAAGACCACAACAGUAAAACUCGCUCUCAAAUCAGCUGGCUGCUACCCGCUUCCAAUUGAUGGUCAUCCAGUACUGAACUGCCUGGUGUCAAAUUGACCAUCGGCUUUCAUUAUUUAAUUCUAAAAUUCUCCAUGUUGCCACCGUCAGCACUCGUUGGUUCUACUGAACUUUGUUUGCUGUUGUUAGCUGCGUUCUAUCUACCACUGGCUGCUGGCUUUAUUCGUCUCCAGAGGGGAGAUGUGAAGCUUUAUCUCCCCAGCCUCGUCACCAAACUAGCGCUUGUUAAAAAGCUCUGGUAAAAAGAAAACCUGCUUUCUGUAGCUCUACGUCAUAUUCAGUAAACAUUUAAAUUAAAAUCAAUUUACUUGUGUAGUUCAACAAUGAGGAAAAAUGAAGCAAACAUUCUGUGCACAAAACCCAAGAACAGAAAUGUGGUUAAUAAUUUAUUUUUGUGAUAAUGUUUGAAGGAGGAAUAUUGGGACGAUAGAACACUCAAGAACACAGUAAUGCUCUAGUAAUAUGGGAUCUGUUACAUUAGAUAAAUACAAUCUUGGUUUAGUGUCUCAUUUGACAAAUGGUGAGCGGAUAUGAUGUCAACAUCAAAAAUUGAGUCAAUCAACUUGAUCGGGCAACAUUCACCAUCAUGAAAAUACACCUUAGAUGGCGGAUAUGUGCAGGAGUGGGCGCCGUCUGUGUAUGGCAGCCUGCCCGCAGUCUGUCUCUUCACCUUUUUUUUAUUUUAAGUCCUGUCCAAAAUGUUA